CAAGUCGGGGUAGCUCAUGCAGAUUUAAUUCACAGCUGGAAAGCAGUGACUUUGUGGGGAUUUACUGUAUUAGCACGGGCCAUUGUGAUCAAGAAGACUCAUUAUAAUAACUGGAGGGUGUCUAAGAAAAAGGGGGGAAGAGAGGAGAGACAGUCAGAGAGUGUUUGUGCGCGGAGCGGGGUUGUGGGUGGAGGUAUGUACACACUGUAAAGAGGUAUAAAGAAGGGCACAGGGCAGCCUCACCUCUCCUCACACUGUGAUAACAGCCUCACAUCGGCCCUCACAGCGUGCGGAGCUGCUGCAGCUGCACUGGGGCUCUGCGCUUCCCGUUGCGCGCCUGUGUGUCCACCGCCUCUCCAUCCCUCUGCGCUCCGCUCUCACUGCUAUGGUCCUCCACACACGCGGCUGCAAUUUCAGCACCACAGACAGCUCUCUCUCCUCCACCUCCGCCUCCUCCACCUCCAGCCUCAGCACCGACGCGUCCACCCUGCCGGACUCCCCGGCGCCGCAGAUCCUCGGCGGGCUGAGCCGGACCGGCCACACGGUGGUGGCGGUAUGCCUCGGCUUCAUUUUGGUGGCGGGAAUCCUCAGCAACUUCCUCGUCCUGCUCAUCUUCGCAAAGUUUCGCUCCCUGUGGACGCCCAUCAACCUCAUCCUGCUCAACAUCAGCCUGAGCGACAUCCUCGUCUGCCUCUUCGGGACCCCGUUCAGCUUCGCAGCCAGUCUGCACGGCAGGUGGCUCAUCGGGGAGCAGGGGUGCAAGUGGUACGGGUUCUCCAACGCCCUCUUCGGCAUUGUGUCCCUGGUGUCCCUGUCCGUCCUCUCCUAUGAGCGCUACACCACCGUGCUGCACUCCUCCAGGGUCGACAUCUCAGACUUCAGGAAGGCCUGGUUCUGCGUCGGGGGCACCUGGAUCUACUCUCUCUUCUGGACCUUGCCACCCUUCCUGGGUUGGAGCAGCUACGGGCCCGAGGGACCCGGCACCACGUGUUCCGUCCAGUGGCACCUCCGCUCAGCCACCAGCAUCUCCUAUGUGUUGUGUCUCUUCAUCUUCUGUCUGCUGCUGCCCCUCCUGCUCAUGUUCUACUCGUACGGACGAAUCCUGGUCACAAUCAGGAGGGUGGGUAAGAUCAACCUGCUGGCAGCUCAGCGCAGAGAGCAGCACAUCUUGGUGAUGGUGUCCUCCAUGGUGUCCUGCUACAUGCUCUGCUGGAUGCCCUACGGCAUCAUGGCGCUGGUGGCCACCUUCGGCAGGUCGGGACUGGUCACGCCCAUGGCCAGCGUGGUGCCCUCCAUCCUGGCCAAGUUCAGCACCGUCGUCAACCCCGUCAUCUACAUUUUCUUCAACAACCAGUUUUAUAGAUGCUUCGUGGCCUUUGUGAAGUGCAGCGGGGAGCCGCAGUCCGCUCACGGAGAGGAGCAGCCGAUAAGGAGGACGCAGUUGUCUGGUUUCUUCUCCGUCCACAGACAAGCCUCCGUCAGCUCCUCACAGCCUCAGAUCCUCAGGAGCCCAAGAAGCGCCGCCCUCGGCAGCCGGCACAACGACCGCCACACUCUCGUCGUCCACUACGCGCCAUGAAAGCUUUGACUUCAUCGGUCUCAUCUGACAGACUGUUAAAAUGUUUCUGAAUAACAGUCCAGAAGUGCAACUGAAAGACACAACAUUUCCACUUUUUCCUCUCAACAACCUGCUCUUGCUUUUAACACAUGGAGAUGAAUGUCACCCACCGCCAACUCCUUGAAUGUAAACUCGCCGUCAUGCGGUUCAUGACUGACGUUCAACACGUGCAGGCGUCUGUGUACAUGUUCUGAGUGAGUGAGUCAGAUCUCUGAGAGACUCUGAGCCUGCAGAAACAAUGAAUGUAUUUGGUAGUUUAUAGAAAAAUAACCUGCGCCCUCACUCAUCAGUUAGAUACGGAAACCUUGAGGGCAAAAGUUAGGAUACUUUUUUUUUUUCUGUAUUUUCCAAAUCUAAUCUAAAUUAUUUCAUUUUUUUAUUUUCUUCCCUGUGUUUAUGGCAUGUACUCUGGAGGGGGGAAACAAGUUUUACCAUGAUAAUGUUUCCAAGUUCCUUUUUUUUUUUUUCCAUCUGUGAAAAUGUUUGGAAAUAAAAAUGUAAAAAACAAAGAAAAUUCUGUGCGUGGAGUCAAAACACACAUCAUUUAUCAUCAUCAUCAUUUUAUAAUUUAACAUUUCUAUUUAUUUCCACUCAUUAAACAACUAAGACAAAUUUUUCCUCUCAUACUUUUUUUUCCCCCCAGCAAGUCACAA